AUGUUGCGUUCUCGUUUCCUGAAGAACAUCAGAGCAUUAUAUUCAUCAGAUAUUUCCUCUGUGCACGUUGUUCUCCUUGUGGCUAUUAUUGCCCGCACCCAAGCGCUUAAAUGUUACUCAGGGCUUUUCGACACGCAGAAUCCGAAUCUGAGUUUUGAAGGUGGAAAGACUGUUUUUGGAGCGUUUAGCCACUUUCCAAAAGAAAAGAUCAUGCUUCCGCUAGUCACAUUGCUGAUGCUGAUGCUCCUAUCGCAAGUUACGGUGGAGUGGAGAAUGAAACUUAUCGGGAAAUGCUUCGGGGAACGCAUGCAGGAUCCUCAACUUGCUAACACUGUCUGCUUUUCGGAUUGCACAAUAAAACAUAACUGUAAGGGAGGAGGCCACUGCACAAGAGAUGACUGGCUUUGUGAAUGUGCCAUCUGUCCAUGA